AUGAUUAUGCCAUCAAUACGUUCAGUCAGUAUUACGGUAGAACACCUGGCACCAAAGUCUGAUUACGAUAAUCUUCUUCUUCUUCUUCUUCUUCUUCUUCUUUUUCAUCCCCCUUCUUCUUUUCCUCAUCCUCCUACUCCUUCUUUCCCCCUCCCCUCCAGCUUAUUUUCCUCCUCCUCCUCCUCUUCUUCUUCUUCUUCUUCUUCUUCUUCUUCUUCUUCUUCUUUUCUUCUUCCUCAUCCUUUUCCACCUCCUCCUACUUUUUUCUUUUCCUUCUCGUCCUCUUUCUUCUUCUUCUUCUUCAUCAUCAUCAUCAUCAUCAUCAUCCUUCUUUUCUUCUUCUUCCUCCUCCUCCUUCUUUUCCUCCUCCUUCUUCUUUUCCUCCUCCUCCUCCUUUUUCUCCCUCCCCUCCAGCUUCCUUCCCUCCUCCCCUCCUUCUUUUCCUCCUCCUCCUCCUCCUCUUCUUCUUCUUCCUCUCCUCCUCCUCCUUUUCUUCCUCCUCCUUCUUCUUUUCUUCUUCCUCCUCAUCCUUUUCCACCUCCUCCUACUUUUUCUUUUCCCACUCGUCCUCUUUCUUCUUCUUCCUCUUUUUCUUCUUCUUCUUCUUCUUCUUCUUGUCGUUUCUCUUCAGGCUGUGGAUUUCUUUCUCCCUUUUCUUUUCUUUAUUUGCCAUUCGGCUGCGAGCUGUUCAUUCUUUUCUCUGAAACCCCGACCUUCCUGAUUUCACUUUCCAUUGUUUUCUCAUCAAAUCCUAUUCUUUUUCUCUUCGUCAUAAAGAAUUCAUAUUUUUUUCUCUCCCCAGAUCCAUCAGGGAUGUCUCUUCAUAUCUAUCUAUCUAUCUAUCUAUCUAUCUAUCUAUCUAUCUAUCUCCCAGACUCUUCAUAUCUAUCUAUCUAUCUAUCUAUCUAUCUAUCUAUCUAUCUAUCUAUCUAUCCAUACUUUGCCAAAUUAACCUUACCCUGCCAAAGUAGAUAUACGUUUUGA